UCUAAAUUCACAAGUAUUCCUUUUUGCAAAAGUUAAAAUUUGAUCAGAAAAGAAAACACAAAGACUAAAAAAAUCAAUAUGAUUAUCGAUGGUGUUUCAACAGUUUCUUCAGGCCCUGUAUGUGUUACAGGUGCCGGAGGUUUCAUUGCUUCAUGGAUGGUUAAAAUUUUAUUACAAAGAGGUUACAGUGUUAGAGGAACUGUCAGGAACCCAGAUGAUCCUAAGAACUCACAUUUAAGAGAUCUUGAAGGUGCAAAAGAUAGAUUGGUAUUAUGUAAAGCUGAUCUUCUUGAUUAUGGUAGUCUUCUUGAUGCCAUUAAUGGAUGUGAAGGUGUUUUUCAUACUGCUUCUCCUGUUACUGAUGAUCCUGAACAAAUGGUUGAGCCUGCCGUGAAUGGAACGACGAAUGUGAUCAAAGCUGCAGCUGAAUCAGGUGUUCGUCGUGUUGUAUUCACAUCUUCCAUUGGAGCGGUUUAUAUGGAUCCAAACAGAAGUCCGGAUGUCGUUGUGGAUGAGAAAUGCUGGAGUGAUCUUGAUUUCUGCAAGAAUACUAAGAAUUGGUAUUGCUAUGGAAAAGCAGUGGCAGAACGAGCAGCGUGGGAGGUAUCAAAAGAGAAAGGAGUAGAUUUAGUAGUAAUAAAUCCAGUGUUGGUUUUGGGUCCUCUUCUUCAACCAACAGUUAACGCGAGUAUAGUUCACAUAAUGAAAUAUUUAACUGGUUCAGCUAAAACUUAUGCAAACUCAGUUCAAGCCUAUGUCCAUGUCAAAGAUGUUGCCUUAGCUCAUAUUCUUGCUUACGAAACUCCAUCCGCCUCCGGAAGAUAUUUAUGUGCCGAAAGCGUGCUUCACCGGGGGGACGUUGUUGAGAUUUUAUCGAAGUUCUUCCCUGAAUAUCCAAUCCCAAACAAGUGUUCGGAUCAAGUACGACCAAGGGUUGAGCCAUACAAAUUCUCAAACAAUAAGCUCAAGGAUUUAGGCCUGGAGUUCACUCCGGUGAAACAAUGCUUGUAUGAUACUGUGAAGAGUCUGCAAGAGAAGGGUCACCUUCCAAUUCCUACUCAGAUUGAAGAAGACACUCUCCGAAUUCAUUCUUGAUCUACUUUAUGAUUGCAAUUUAUGGAGCUGCUAAUCUUGAUAAUGUGAGUUUCAUAGAUUGUUGUUGAGUGAUUGAAGCUACUAAUAUGUCUUUUGUAAUGUUGUGUGGCAGUUAUGCCACAAUACAUCUUCCUAAUUUAAUCUCCUGUCAUACAUUAAUUAAAAAAAUAAAUGUAAAAAGUAAUGUGUUAUUUGCUUAAU